CCGAACACAAUUAGCAGAUUCCCUUCUGUCUCCCUAGCGGCCCUGGGGCUAUGGCAGGGUGGGGGACGGAGCAGCUGUCUGUUUACAGGGGACUGUGCGGGGAACACACAGCUUGAGGGAAAGACGUGAUUCAGAUGAAAAGCGACGAGAGUAGGAGGCGAAGGGCCCGUGGGAGGUGAUGAGUGUGAGACAGAGCAGCCAGGGCCCAUUUAGGGGCCGGAUUGUGGGAGGGAAUGGGAGAAAAUGGGAGGCCGAGUGAAUGCAAAGGGAGGGGCUAUAGGAAAGAGAAGUUUGAAUGGGCUUUGGAUACGGACUAUGGCAAGCAAGUGACCAGGGAUAGGGUCUGAGUAUUUGAAUGCCUUUCUUUAUAUGGGUACAGACCUGGGCAGCAGGUUCUCGCUAAGAAAUCGCUCUGGAAAUUCUGCUUGUAUGUGAAGGAACCGGCAGGGAUUUCCUGAGGUCUCCGGUUGGCUUUCCUUUUCUUACGAAUUAUAACCCUCUUUUAGUCUGAUCCAUGCUAAUCGGAUGUGUCGGUUUCUAAUCGCAGCAGUUUGGAGUCUUACGGGCGUGUAAGCGAUUUAAUAACUGCUACAGUAUCACCCGGCUGUGUGCGGUGACCCAGGAGAGAAUGCCCCAGACGCCCACCCUCGUAGCAAUGUUUGACAGCAGCAGUUUCCAUCGGAACUUGUAUCAGUCCAAAGAAGAAAGUUGUUCUGAACUGUAUUACCAAGAUAACAACCUGCUUUCUGGGUCUCUGGAAGCACUUAUCCAACACUUAGUGCCAAACGUCGAUUACUAUCCGGAUAGAACAUACAUCUUCACCUUCUUGCUGAGCUCCAGACUUUUUAUUCACCCAUCUGAGUUGAUGGCCAGAGUCUGCCAUGUAUGUAUGGAGCAGCAGCGACUGAAUGAGCCAGGGUUGGAUAAGAGCCAAGUGCGAAAAAUUGCCCCCAAAAUUCUCCAGCUGCUAACUGAAUGGACCGAAACAUUCCCUUAUGAUUUUAGGGAUGAACGAAUGAUGAGAAACCUAAAGGACACGGCUCAUCGAAUAACAAAUGGGGAUGAGAUGUACAGAAAAAAUGUGCAGCAGAUAAUUCAGAAUCUUAUUCGGAAGUUGGCAUCACUGACUCAGUACGAGGAACUCAUUACAAAAAUAAAUGCACAGUCUACUGAUCGCAUGACAGUCCUAAAAACCAAACCACAAUCCAUACAAAGGGACAUCAUCACUGUGUGUAGUGACCCCUACACAGUAGCACAGCAGCUCACCCACAUAGAGUUGGAGAGGCUAAGUUACAUUGGACCAGAAGAAUUUGUUCAAGCAUUUGUGCAGAAGGAUCCUUUAGACAACAAUGAGCAGAACUGCUACAGUGACAGAAAGAAACCACGCAAUCUGGAAGCCUAUGUGGAAUGGUUUAACCGGCUUAGCUACUUGGUUGCCACUGAAAUCUGCAUGCCUGUGAAAAAGAAACACCGUGCUCGAAUGAUAGAGUUCUUCAUUGAUGUAGCUCGAGAAUGCUUUAAUAUUGGAAACUUCAACUCUCUGAUGGCAAUAAUAUCUGGAAUGAAUAUGAGUCCAGUGUCCCGACUCAAGAAAACAUGGGCUAAAGUCAAGACUGCCAAGUUUGACAUCCUUGAGCAUCAAAUGGACCCUUCUAGCAAUUUUUACAAUUACAGAACAGCUUUGCGAGGAGCAGCUCAAAGGUCUCUAACAGCUCACAGCAAUCGUGAGAAGAUUGUGAUACCAUUCUGCAGUUUGCUUAUUAAGGAUAUAUACUUCCUGAAUGAAGGAUGCACAAGUCGCCUUCCAAAUGGGCAUGUCAAUUUUGAGAAAUUCUGGGAACUUGCUAAGCAGGUCAGCGAAUUUAUGACAUGGAAACAAGUUGAGUGUCCAUUUGAAAAGGAUCGGAAAAUAUUACAUUAUGUGCUGACCGCACCCAUUUUCAGUGAGGAUGCACUUUACUUGGCUUCCUAUGAGAGUGAAGGUCCUGAGAAUCAUAUUGAAAAAGACAGAUGGAAGACUCUGAGGUCAGCGCUUUUGGGCAGAGCAUAAUGUGUCAAUGACCUGCCAGAAAAUUGUUAUCAUUUAUGGACCCUUUUUGCACUUGAUGGCAACAGAGCAGGCAGCCGAGAUUGGAGCCCAGCAUUGGUAAAUCAAGAGAGCUAAGAGUGCACACAAGCAGAAGAAUUUCCACUGACUGGCCUAGCAUGCUUGUUAAGGUCAAUAAAGACUUAAUCAUUCACAGCCACCCUUGUGCUGAGAUUUUUUUUCUCAUGCGUGGCUUAUAAUUAGAUUAUUUGCUGGAUGUUGCAUUCUGCUAGCCAGUCCCAUUGACCUUGAUCAUCUAAAAAUGUCUGUAUAAAAAUUAAAGCUGUUAACACCAGGAAUUUUGCCUGAGGGAAAAGCAAAGACAUUUAAAAAAUAAAAACCACUCGCUGGCGGUGGUUUAUAUCCGUUUCAUACUGUCCAGGUUUAUUCUAUUGUUCAAGCUUAAGUUUACUGCUGGAUAGUAAACUGGGCUAGCAAUGUGACUUACCAGUAUUAUCAGUAAUAAUUGCCAAUGCAUAAACUAUCUCCCUUUGAAAAGAAGAUAGAAAAGCACCUCUCUGCAAGGAUAUCACUGGACUGAUCUUCCAAUGGUCUUUUUUUAGCUGUUUACACAAUUCCUUGUUUGUUUCUUUUGUAAUUUAAAUUUAUUUUGUGAAUUGUUUUUGUAUUUAUUAAACAUGGUCUGUGCAAAUAUGGGAUACACACUGAGGGGAUUACUGAAGUUCAGUAGAAAAAAAUCUAUUUUAGUAUGAUUACCAGUACAAACAGUUAUUGUACAGAAAGGAGCUAUGAAUUCUGUAUGUGACAGACAUAAUCCAUCAAUUACUGUCAUUCUUUGCCUCAUUUCCUCAGUGGCAUUUAUUAUGUGGAACUGUCAUAUAAGUAUAAUUCCAUUAAAUUAUUGUAGAUGUGUAAUAAAUCUGUUCCACGAAUGGUCUGUAUAAUUUACCUUUGUUUAUAAUUUUAAAAAAGGUUAAUUUUUGUGCACCCUAAGUUAUGUUGUUGCUGUUAGAAAGUAACACAUCCUCCAACACACCUCCACAUUCUUUCUCCUUCAACCAAAGGAUUUAUAUUUCUGUUGUAAUUUCAUCAAGACGAGUAGUAGGUUCAUUUAGAGCAAGCCUCUAACAUGUGUCCUGACGUUAAUUUAGAAUCCUUAUCAUGUAGACUUAUAAGGGUGAAGACACAUAGAGCUACUUAGUAGCAGUUAUUUGUCAUGGCUACUAAACUCCAGAAAAUACCCUGCCAUAGACAAUACUGAGAAUUGCCUCUACUAAAACACACACAGAGACAGUUAUCAGUUAAUGAUCAGCAUGGUCUGUUUUAGUAGCUGUGACAAGUAGCUGCUACUAGUAACUCUGUGUGUCUUCACCCUAAAAUGGAAGCCCCUUUUGCACUGUGCCACCAUGCCAAUCAGGUGAUUUGAUCUCAUUUUUAUAUAUCUGACCUUGUAUGCUGUGUUAGGGAGUUAAUUAAACCUCUGAAAUACAGAAACCAGUUUCAUUUUACUUUUGGCAUGAUUAUUUUUUUCAAAGCAUCAUACACAUAGGUGUAAUAAGAAAAGAUUGUAAUAAACAAUUUUUUUCACUGGU